AUGGCAGAAAAUGUCAUGAACUCGUACUUGAACUUGCCUGAAUUAACCAGACCCGGAAUCCAGACGGUCCCUGAUGUCCAAGGUAAAAGCCAUUGCUCCAGAGCUCUGAGUUCCAGAGUUGCUGCACUGGCUGCUGUCCUGGCUGUGAUGAUCCUCGUAGUGCUCAUAGCCCUGUAUGUGACACUCAGGGCAGGCAGCCAACAGGACUCCACAGCAUUGAGCUCCCCCAGCCAAAAUGUCUCAGCACCACUGUCCCCCACCAUCCAAGAGGACUCAACAAAGUCACCCCCCAGCCAUGGAGAGGCUCCAGGAAAAAGCUGCUGUUCCACAACACGAGUUGCUGUCCUGGUUACUGAGAUAAUCCUGCUCCUCCUCACUGCUGUGUUUCAGAUGCUCCCAUGUAAAAGGCCUUGUUCCAGAGCACACAUUGCUGUGCUGGUUGUUGUCCUGGUUCUGGCUGUGCUGGCCCUCACUCUGUCUUGGACAGUCCCAGAUGGUCCAGUUGCAAACAGUCAACAGGAUUCAACAACGUGGUACCCCACCAGCAAACAGGACACAACACAAAUGACCCCCACCAGACAAGAGGGCUCAACAAAGUCACCACGCAGUCAGGGAGAGGCACCAGGCUGUCCCCCACCAUGGAAAAAACAUGGGAGAAAAUGCUACUUCUUUUCUCCAGAGAAGAGAAAGAAGGACUGGAAUUCCUCCCGUGCAGAAUGCGCUGCCAAGGGCUCAGACCUGGUGAUCAUUGAGAGCAGGGAAGAGCUGAAUUACCUUCACACACAAUCACGAUAUGAGUACUACUUACUUGGUCUCAGAUACUCGCCAGAGGAGCAGAAGUGGAAGUGGAUCAACAACGUGGAGCAUAACCCAGCCAUGUUCCCUAUACACAGAUAUUACAGCAACUGUGACUGCGUGACCAUUGGAUUUGGUAAUAUAGGAGCUGUACCUUGUAGUGGAACCCGAAUAACACAAAACAUGUGUGAAAAAACUGUAACAAUGUGA